AUGUUGUCUGUCAGCCGUGUCCCAACAGCCACCACAGCCCCCACCAUCUCACCCUCCCUUUCGCGCUCCCUUCCUUCACAGCGAUCCUCUCAUGUCGUCGUCGCAAACCCCCCUCAACCUCGCAAUAUCGCAACCAGAAGUCGUCUAGUUCACCACGCGCACCUGCAGCAGCAUCUGUCUCCGCCAGUCGCGCCUUUCCUCGACCGCUCGCUGCUCUUGCCGCUCCGCGCUCGACGCCUUCCGCAUUCCCCCUCCAGCGCACAUGGCGCGCACCCGCAGCGGCGAGUGUUGCCGUGCCGAGCCAGCGGGUCGAACGGCGACGGCAAGGAGGAGCGCAAAGAGUACAGCCAGGAGGCGCGCAUGCGGCAGGAGGUGCUGAACCCGUUCCGCACGGUGCGCAUGUUCCUGUUCGGCGCGUUCGGAUGCGCGCUUGAGGCAGGAGGUGCUGAACCCGUUCCGCACGGUGCGCAUGUUUGUUAG